AUGAGAGAAAGAACUGUCAAAGUUAAUACUGAAUUAAAUAUUGAAAAUGAUACACUGAAAAAAAUACAAAAUAUCUCGCAACCUUCAGUAAUUAAUAAAGAAUUGAAACAAGAAAAUCUCUCAAACGAAAAACUGAAAGAUAUCAGUGAUGUAUCUAAAUCUGUGAAAGAAACUGUCAAUUUAUAUGAAUUUGUUGACACAAAACCUGAAAUGAAUAAAGAAAUUAAACCAGAAGAGAACGACAGGAAACUAUUUUUACUGCAAGAGUUAGAAGAAAGUAUAGAAGAUGAUACGAAUGAAAUGGUUGCUACAGAAUGUAUCGCAGGUAAAUAUUUUAAAUAUUCAAAUAAUCAAAGAGACUUAAAUGAAAAAUAUACGAAAACUGAAGAUUAUCAAUCUAAAGAAUUUUUAAUUGAUGAAGAUGGACAAAGAAUUGACUAUGUAGCCACUGUUACUGUUGAACAUAAGCAAACACCUACACCAAUUAUUAUAGAAAAAAGUAACAAAUCAUUAGAAAUUAACAGACUUGCAAUAAAUGAGUCAAUUGUGACUUCUGAAAUACAUGAAACUGAAGUUGAAGAAAUAUCAGAUAAAGUUGAAGAUAGAAUUAAAGUGAACGAAACUAAACACUUGAAUGAAGUAAUAAUACCUACACCAAUUGUAGAGGAAAUGGAUACAAUAACUGUACAUGAAGCAACUAAUCAAAUAAAUGAAUCAUUUAACGAAGUCCAAAAGGAUUCUGUUGAAAUCACAGAAUUAAACGAAGAAUUACCUAUAGUAAAUAUUGAGUCUAAAAACUUAAGUGUAGUUCAAGUUAGAGGUGUAGAAACAAUAGAGGAAGUAAAAACUCAUCUGCAUGAAACAGAAGAGAAUGAAAUAUCGUAUGAUUCAAAUGCAAGUGCCAUACUUGCAGAAGAAAUUGCUAUAACAACGACAGAAACAAAGGAAUUUGAAAAUGCGCAAAUUGUUGCUAUAGCAACGGCUAGACAAACGAGUGAAGUAUAUAAUGAAGUAGAAGGAGCUGUCGAAAUUACUGAGAUAACAGAAGAAUCGCCUAUAGUUAAAAUCGAAGAGGAAAACUUGACUAAACCUGUAAUUUAUGGCAAAGAUGUGUCAAGACAGAUCAGUGCAGUUUACAAUACUAUAGAUGAUAUCAAAAAAGAAGAUUUUCUAGAAGACAGAGCGGUUGAAGUAUUAGAAAUUAAAGAAUUGACAACUGCCCUUAAACUUAAUUAUGGUAAUAUUGAAGAAAUAAAUACAUCAUUCAACCAAUUAGAUAUAGAGUCUUUCUGUAUUGAAAAGAACGAGGAAUUAGCGACAUCUUCUACUGAAGUCCAAGAACUAAUUAAAAUAAAAUCAAUUUGUAUUGCUACUGCUUUUGAUUUUGAUACAAAACUUGAGGAAUCCGAACAUUUUGAACAAGAAAUUAAAGAAUCAGAACAAUGCUCGUCUUUAGAAGUGAUGGAUGAAAUUGUUAAACUGUAUUCCAUUUGUUAUGCUGUUAUACAAGAUAUAAUAAUAAAUACAGAAGAAGUCAUAGAACUAUCGAUUUUAAAAAUAGAACAGGAAGUUGCUGAUUCAAAUUUAGAAUCAAAGUUUCAUACAGCUAAAGGAUAUUGCGUAUCUGUAGUCAAUAACAUUACCGUAGAUCUUCAAGAAGUAAAUAACUUUGAGACAUCUACAAUUAUUGAAGAAAAAUCAACAGAACAUAUUGAAAUUGAAGUAUUUAGUAAAGCACACACUUUAAAUACAGAAAUAUGUCAAAAAAUAAAUAUAUCUUUAGAAGAAGUUAAGUUUAUUAGCAUUGAUGAAUCUUUGAAUGAAAUAGCCAAUGUGAAAGAAGAGGACAAAAGAUUUAUUACAAUUUUACCCAUUGCUAUACCUUGUUUAACGCACUUAGAUACUAUACUUAUAGAAGCAGACGCUUCUGAAAAUGAAUGUAUAACAGAAGAGCACCCUUCGUAUGAAGAAGAGAAAAGAUAUAUUUAUUCAACUCAAGGUAUAUGUAUUCCUAUAUGUAACAAUAUAGAAACACAUUUAGAAGAAUGUAAUACAUUUGAAGGAAAUGAAAUCCCAGAAGAAUUAGCUUUAACAUCUAUAGAAGAAAAUGUAUUUGCAAAUGCCUUAUCAAUUUGCACUUCGAUUUCAAAUGAAACUUAUACAAUAUACGUUGAAGCAGAAGUUAUAGUCAAAGAAUUUAAAGAAGAGAAAGCAGAAUGGUCUGAAGAAGAGAAUCACUUUUCUAAAGCUUUAGUAACAUGUAAUGAAAUUAGUGGGAACAUUAAAGUACUUCUAGAAGUAACUAAUGAACUUAUAAUUGAUCAAUUUAAAGAAGAAUUUUCCACAACACAAAUAGAACCUCAAACAUUUAUAACUGCUUUAGCAAUCAUUACAUCUGUAUCAAGUGAGAUUAUAACGAAUUACUUUGAAGCGGAAUUAUUACCCGAAGAACAAUUUCCAAAAGAAAAUGCAAUUUUAUCUGAAGAAGAAAAUAAAUAUUUUAAUGCUCUAACAAUCUGUUAUGAAAUAAAUCAAGACAUUGAGUUACUUCUGGAAGUAAUAAAUGAACUUGUAAUUAAUAAGCUUGAAGAAGAAACAGCAUCACCUCAACUAGAACUUCAAAGAUUUUUAACAGCUCUUUCAAUUUGUACUUCAAUUUUAAACAAUAUUGAUAUAAUCUAUUCAGAAGCAGAUAUUUUAUCUGUAGAGAAGCUACAAGAAGAUAUAGUUGAAACAUCUUUGGAGGAUAAUUAUUACUUUAAAGCUUUGAAAACGAGUGUAGACAUCAGUCAAUAUAUUAAAUUACUGUUAGAAGAAAGUACAUCAUUUUUAACAGAAGAAUUGGAAGAAGUCUUGCCUUCAACGUCUAUAGAACCUUUUGUUUUAGAAAAAUCUUUACCACUCUCUACAUCCAUUCUUAAUGAUGUCAAUGAAGAAUUAUUUGAAACUAACAAUUUAUUAAUUGAAGAUAUUAAAGGAGUUGAAGCUAAUGUAUUUGUAGAAGUUAGUCAAUUGAUUUUAAUAUUAGCUAUAUGUGUUGCUGCGAUCGAAGAAAUUUAUAAAGAUUUAGAAGAAUGCGAUACAUUCAAAGUGAAUGAAAUUGAAGAAGAAUUUUGUAGUGUUAAAGAAGAGCCAUUAUUAAUUAGGAUUUUUCCAAUAUGCAUUUCAAUUUUAGAACAUAUUAAUACUUCUUAUAACAGUACUGAAGUAUUAGAAAUAAAACAAAUGCUUACAGAAAACGCAGACACGAAUGAAGUUACCUCAUUUAAUGUAGAUACAGUUUCAGAAUAUCAAGCUGAAUAUGCUUUAGAACCUAAAUUAUUCCCCAAAACAUUACCAAUAUGUACGGCGACUGUUUUUAUAUCAAAUGUACCUGUUUUUGAAAUAAUAAAUCUAGAAACUGAAAUUUUUGAACAAAAGACAGUCUCAGAAUCUUUAGAAACAAAAGAGUUGGCAACAGCUCAGAAAAUAUGCCACGCUGUUAUCAAACAAGACGACGAAUCUUUAAAGAAAGUACAAAAUACUUCAAUAAGUUAUGAAAUGAAAGAAGAUAAUGCUAAUUUAAGUUACGAGGAUAUUCAACUUAUUGCUACUUAUGCUGUUAGUUCAGCUACAGCAAAAGAAGUAGAUUUGAAAUACGCAAUUGCUGAAAAUUAUGAAUCUAAUUUAGAACUAGAACAAAUCGGUCAUUCUACUAUAGAGGGUCAAGAUUUUACAAAAGCUCAGUCAAUAAAUAACGCGACAGCAACAAAUGAGUCUAUUAAUCUCCAAGAUACAGAAUAUAAGGAAAGUAACUUCGUAGAAGAAUCAGCUAUUAUUAAAAUAGAACCAAAACAUAAAAAUAUUGUAUCAAUUAAAGAAAUGAAUGUAUCAUAUGAAAAUGGUGAUAAUAAAAUAACUAAAGCUAGUAAGAAAAAGAAUGUUAAAGCUAUUUCAACAACGAAAGAUGAAACCGUUACAUUAAGUGUUAAGAAAUCAAUGAUUGAAGAAAAUUUCGGUAAUUUAGAAUCAUUACAAAUUGAAGACUUAAAUGAAAAUGAACGUAUAAUUACUGAAGAAACGGUACAAUUAAACGCAAAAGAAACCGUGACCAAAGGAAGAAAGAAAUUAAUCAAACAAAAAUCUUCUAAAGCUCAAGAAAGUAAUAUUCAAUCAAAUAUUGGUAUUCAAGAAGUUUCGAAAACAAAUAAAUAUGUGACUGAUGUUAAGAGUAAACCUGUUAAAGAACCUAUUAUAGAGAAUAUUAGUGAGACAUCAGUAAACAUACAAGAGUAUAAAGAAAAUAGUGAAGCAAAUGUUAAUAUUACUAUUAAUAAAACAAAAGCAAAAAGAGAUGAAACUUCUGAAGAAAUGUCUUAUAAUUUAACUUUAGCAAAACCUCAAGUUAUAGAAACAAUUGCUGUUUCAAAUGAAGAUACGUUACAUGUAAAAAGAAAGAAGAAUUUAAAACAAUAUCAUACAGAAGAAUUCCAAGAAGAAUUUAAUCUUAAUUUAGAUCAAGAUAACGAAUCUGGAUUAACAAUACAAGAAAUUACAGAUUCUGAUGAAAAUAUUGAAGAUGUAAUUAAUAUUGAGAAUAGAAACGAUUCAAUUGAUGCUUCUCUUGAAUAUAUAUUACAAUCACAAAAUCAAAAUACAUCUAAAGAUGUAUUCGAGGCAGCUACAAUUGUAAAACAAAGAAAUAAAGAACAUGCUUCUAAUCAAGAGGAAUCUGCAGACCUAACCAUAUUCAAGAAAGAUGUACUAACUGCAGUUAUUGAAAAUUAUGACGAACUAAAUAGCAAACAAGUAAACACUUAUUUAAGUACUAAAGAUGUUGAUAAAACUGAAAUUAUAUAUUCUCAGUCAACAGACUUUAAAUCAGAAAAUACUAAAAAUACUAAUCAGAAACGAAUAAGCCAGAAAUCAAGGUCAAAUGUCCAAUCGAUUAAUACAGAACUUAAGAAAGAAACACAUAAAGUAUCAAUCGGAAACGGAAUUUCGGAUUUAGAAAUCAACGCUAAAUCUCAAAUAAGUGCAAUUGAAGGUAGUUUUGAAAAAGCCAAAACAAGUUCACAAGAAAGCAGAACAUUAGUUUCUCACGAAAUUAAUUCUGCAAUUGUUAAUAAUAAAACAAAAUCACUAUCUGUCAAAACCAAUCUUAAAAGAGAAGAAAUUGAUGCAUCUCAGACUAUUAAAACAAACGAAAGCUCACCAGAAAUUGAUUCACCCACUAAACCUCCGACGCCAUUAACAGACGAAUACAUAUUUAGACUUACAGCACCUUUACCUAAAAGUAGAGGAACCACACCAGCUCCAAGAGAACCUAGUCCUGAAAUACAUAAAGAAAAUAUUGUUAACCAAAAUCUUAUACCGACUAUAGAAUCAGUGACUAUUGAAAGGGUAAUUUACAAUCCUCCACUGCCCACCCCACCUACAAGUCCAGUACACUCACCUACUUACACUAAACCAGGUUUAAACGGUGGUAUGAAACGACUGCCAAGGUAUUUUAAACCAGGAUUAAGAGGUGGAUCCGAUAGACCUCCAAUACCUAAGGAGGAAAUAUUAGAAGUACGCAAACAUUUAUCAACUCUGACAUCUGACAUCAACGAGACUUUGAAAAACAUCGAGAAAUAUAAGAAAAUAGUUGAAACAUUAAAACAAGAGAAAGCAGAAGGGGAAAGUUCAAAAACUAUGGAAGAAGAGAAUACAGAAGAACAGACAAAACUCGAAGAAAUCGACGCAAAUACUAAAGAAACUUCCGAACAGAUUUCAAUAGAAAAUCAAAUCAACGAACAACCUCCAGAUAUUAAACCAACAGAAAUUCAAUCAAAUUCUCAAAUCAAAAUCGAAAUAAACAAUGAAAAAACCGAUACAGUCAACAUAGAUAUUAAACAUGACUUUACAAAUAAAAUUGAAGAAGCAAGAAUUAGAGGUUAUGAUAUCAAAGAAAUCACAUCUUUCGAGGAAUUAGAAAAAGAAAAUGAGAACACGGGAGUUGUCGAACUGCCACCUGAUACAGGUGAGGAAUCUAUUAAAAGAGAAUUUAAUACAAUUGAAGAAGAUUCAGAGCCUGAAAAGCCUGAAAAUGUUGUAAUUAAAAUCGAUAAGGAUGUUGAAGAAUCUGGGAUUGUUGAUGUACCUACUGACGAAGAACAAAAGACAGCUGACGAAGAAGUCGCCAGAGUUACAGCUUUAACGAUAGACAGAUCUACCUCUAAAGAGACAAGUCCUAGUGGAACGGAUACAGUCAAAGAAGCACAUGUCAUAAGUCUUACAAGAGUUUUAUCAUCGCAUAUGCUCCGAGAAGGAUUGAGUCCUGAUUGUCAAAAGAUGAAAGAUAAAUUCGAGAAUAAAAAGGAUGUUCUAGAAGAUAAUAUAAAUGAAGAUAGAUCGUGGACGACGUUUUUACAGAAAUCGACUAAUGUGCCAACACAAACGUUGAGAUAUUUUGCGGAUUUACAGAAUAAAUUCGAAUAUCAGGAACCUUUUGCAACUAAAUUAAUAAAUCGCAACGAAGUAAGAUCUCCUGUGAUUAAACCAAGGGAUUUCAACUCAAGUCCAAUACCCUGGCAAGAGAGGAAAUUAGCCGACACUUUGGGUGCACCAAAUAUAACAGAAUUGACACCAGGAGAUGAACCGAAAUUCUUUCUAGCGAUACCUACAGAGUCUAAAGAAAACAGUGUUCACAAAUCUACAGUUAUUCCUGUAAAUAAUCCAAAUGAAGAAAUAUCAAAUAUUGAGAAGAAAGGAUUAAAUGCAGAAAGUGAAGGAGAACAUACUGUAGAGGAAAUAAUACAAGAAGCUCUGAUGAGAGUGGAGUGUUUAAAUAUUGGAGAUGGAAAGAAUAGGUUAAUACAACUUUUGUUGAAUAAUAUUAAGAAUAUAGCAGCAGAUGCCAGCAUCCCAGUUGAAGAACAAAUAUACCAGAUGAGAAUGCAACUAGAAACAUUGGAGCAAGUUCCUGAUAUUAUUCAAGAAACCUUUGAGAAUGUUGCAGAAAAACUGUAUCAAAAAAAUCAGAAGAAAGAAGAAACUUUACAUUCAAAGGGAGUAAAAUACCAAGAAUUAGGUAAAUAUAUUAACGGAGAUAUUUUUAGUUAA